CGGGGCGCCGCUGUCACAUCACUGGCGCUGUCGGGUCAGAGGCGGCCGCCGCUGGCCGGGCAGAGCUGGCGCCUGCGUCAUCUGCUGCUGGCGGGUCGUUGCCAGGAGCCGGCGCGGUGCGUGCUGGGAGCCGGCGCAUGGUCGGUUGCCAGAAUGGCAGACGAGCUGGACGAUUUCCUCCGGCAAAACCGGGAGAUCGCGGACACGGUGGAGGGACUGCGGGUUCGUGGGGAGAGCGACAAGCACUGGAGGGCGCGCAGGGACUUCUUGGUCAGGAACUUGUCCGACUAUCAGCGGGAUCGCAUGGACUACUUAGUCGCGCUCUCUAUGGUCUGGUCCAACCACAUCUUCAUGGGCUGCCGUUAUAAUGAUGAACUCAUGGAGAAGGUGUUGGAAAUGGCAGAUGGAGUUGAAGUUGAAGAUGCACCACAGUUCACCACUAGAGAUGAGAUAAUGAAAGAGAGACAUUAAAAAUGUAUGCAGCGACAGGUUUUUUUGAAAGUUCGUGCCGAAAGUUUCCUGAGAGUAAAUGUGCAAGUUGGAACGAGUGAGGAUGGAGGCAGGGAAUGAAUUGGGGAAAGAAAAAAGAAAGGGAAUGCAAAGCAAAUGAGCUGAGGCUGUUGUCUUCAAUGUGAUAUGUAAUCAAAUUAAUUACAGAUAUCCAUAUCCAAUGGAAAAAAAUUAAUUGUAAAAAAAAAUGUUGUAGUUUCUCACAAAUUGUUGUAAAUGAGUGUUGACCACAAGAAAACUGGUUAGGAGAGACAGGGACAGUGAAAGAUAUAUACAGUCAAUAGUCUUAGUUUUAUUUUCAUAUUGGCAGAAAAGGCUUAUAUUUCUGAUGUAUGUUAAAUUGGUGACCAAUUUACUCUUUUUCACCCUGUAUUGAAAUCAAUAACUGAUGUGAUGCUACUUUAUUCAGGAGGGUAAACAAGUGCUUUUUUUUAAACUGCCUGGAGCAGAUUAUUUUUCAGUGCUGGGGCAGGGAUGGAUAUAGGGAAGGGAGGGUAGAAGAAGUGCUUUAAGAGUUUUCUUUAACUUAGUAGACGCUGAUUUUUUUUUUGUUUAAUUAUUUAGAGUCCAAAGUUUUUGUUUCCUCAGUGUCCCAUAUUUCUACUUGUGGGUAAUGUUGUCUCCUUAGCAUAAAGAGCAAACACAUUUCAUCUCUUUUCAAAGCUUCACUGGAUUUGCAUUCCUUCAUGCUGUUUGGGUUAAUGUGCUUAGUGGGAUACAUAUUGUUGCAUUUGGUGGGGUAGUUGAAAUUUAACAGUUAAAACAGUAGUUUAAAGAAAGAACUAAUUGGGUUCCUCCUAUACACUCAAUGCUUGAUGCUCCCAUAUUGCCUGAAUAGUGCAUUUCCAGUUUAAGGUUUUGAAAAGAUAAUGUCCAAAAUUAUGAAUCUUAGGGCCUAGUUUAGAGUUAAAUCCCAUUGUAAAUUAUAUUGGGUUUAUUACAUGGUACUGGCCCUGUUGUAUUUGUCGAAUACAAGAGAAGUUAAUGGUGACCUCUGAUUCUGAUUGGUGCGCAAAUGGGGGAUACAGCUGACUGGAUUUUGACUCUUUUAAGCAAUGAUGUUGGGAGUACUCGUGUGGUAUGCUUCACCCACACACAAUUUUGAUCUUGUAUGGCCAUACAACACCUUUUAAUUUGGGUAACAUUAAUUUUGACUGGUUGUUUUUGCAGUUGUUUUUACUGUUGGACAUUUGCCUGGACAAGAUCUUAACAUUUAUACUACUGUAAAAAGCAAUAAAUGGACAUCUUGAACAAA